AUGUAAUCCAGGGAUACUUAAUAUUGUUAUUAUAGUAACUUCAACUUAUUUGAAAACACCUCUCAAUUGAUAAAGAAGGAGAAGUUUAUUAAGGCCCUCCUGUAGACAUUGGGAGAAGAAUGGAGAAUAUAUGCAGGGUAUUCGAUUUCAAUUGAAUUGGAUGGCUCUAUCAACCAUUUGGCUUGGUAAUUUUGUUUUGAACAUCUCUUAUUUACUUGGCUUGAGAAUGAGGAUUGUUAGUAUUAGGAAUUUUACGAGAAGGCCAUUCUGAGAAUCCAGCCAUACAAAAUCGAGAAUGCCUACUUUCGAGCAGUUUUCGAUGGAUUCUUCUACUCAGCCCAAUAAUUGUGGUCCAAAAUGAAAUUAAGUAGGCCUCCCUCUCAAGAAUCCUUCAAAUAAGUUGAACAGAUCAAGUAAGAAGACGUGAGACCAAUUUCAAACAUCUUAAAACCGCUUGUACUUGUUAGUGAAAAGAUCAUAAACUAUUUCAAGAAGGACGAACAGAUGCGCACUCAAGAGUAGAACCAAUAGAUUCAAUACAAUCAGCCCACUUGGAAACAAAUCUCGAAACUUACUGAAGAGUCUCUCCCCAUUGAUCAAAUAGAGAAUGCCUAUCUGUACGUGAUGUAAUUUAUGGAGAACUCUUACAAGAAUUGUUAGGUAGCAAAGUCCUUCAUUGUCAAUAUCAUAGAAUUGAAUCAAGAUGUGCUGGGUAGAUUCUAUGUAUAAAAUCAAUCGGUUAAGGUCAGAAUCAUGUAACCGUCCAGUCUAAUGUACAACAACCUCUUAUCCAUUUGGAUUCUAGCAAAUGCAGGAGUACAACCGCAAUAUUUUGAUUUGAUCGGCAGAGCCAAAACCAUGUUGGGUGUGAAUUGGAAGGACAACUAUCAGUAUCCCCUGGAAGUCUUCUUCCAAUUGAUCACAAAGUUGUAUGGCAACAUUCUGUUGAAUCCCCAAAUCAAGAGUGACGAUUAAUUAAAUUAAUUACUAAAGAGCUUGAAAGUGUAGUUGGCGAUACUGUGGGAUCAAGAUAUUGUCCAGCAAACAGUUCAAAAUUCACAAUGA